AUGCCCCGGUCCAUCAACACCGCCGACGAAUAUGACUUUGUGGACCAUGAUGAGACGGCACUGAGCCCCGAGGCCAUCGCUCAAAUCCGUGAGUGGCUGCAGCCCACCGACUACCUUGCCGAGUCGGGAGAGCUCAGACGCCACCUGGCCUCGCAAGCCCCCGGCACGGGGCUGUGGAUGUGCGAGACGGACGAGUACCGCAAGUGGCACGGUUCUCCCGACCAUGGCAGCCUGUGGAUCAAAGGCAUCCCCGGGGCCGGGAAGUCAGUGACGGCCGCGGCCAUCAUCCAGCAUCUGCGGACAACCGAAGACUGCCCCGUGCUGUUCUUUUUCUUCCGCAACAUUAUCGCAGCCAACUUCUCCCACCGGGCUCUGAUCCAAGACUGGCUCGCCCAGCUGCUGCCGCACUCACCCAAGCUGCAAUUCGCCCUCGAGGCCCGCCUGCAGACCAAGCUCGCCGAGACCACCGACAAUGAGCUCAUUGAACUGUUCCUCGAGGGCUUGUGCUGCGUGCCAAAGGUCUACUGCGUGGCGGAUGCGCUCGAUGAGAUGACCACGGAUAACAGGCCAUUCCUUGACAAGCUCAACAGCCUGGCCACCUAUCGCCCCCGCUCCCUCAAGCUGCUCAUCACCAGUAGGCCCAAACAGCACCUACAGAGCGCGCUCCGGGACUCCUCCAUCGUGCACAUCAGUCUUCAGCAGAAGCUAGUCGAUGCAGACAUCAUGUCGUACCUGCACCAUCGCUUCGACCAGGCCCCAAAGGCACGACCCCAUAAUGAGAUGAAACAACAGGUGAUCGACAUGGUCGCGCGAAAAUCCCAAGGCUUGUUUCUCUACGCCAAGCUCACCCUGGAUCAGGUGGAGGCGUCCUUGCUGGCCGAGGAGCCGAUCAACGUUACAGCCUUGGAAGAAUUGCUUCCGGUUGGGCUGGAGCAGACUUACGAUAGUGUCCUGGCAAAGCAGCGACGUGAACAUGGUCUCACCGUCGAACUUCAAGUCACGAUACUCGAAGCAGUCACGCACUCAUCCCGGCCUCUGCGGCUACACGAACUCUCCAGCCUGCUGAAGUGCAUCUGCCCAGGCCUCGCAGCACCCAAGGCCUUCAAGAGCCUUGUCGCUAACUCCUGUGGCUCUUUGGUGGAGAUCUUAGAGGACGAGACGCUGCAGAUCAUUCAUCACUCCUUUACUGAGUUCCUGCGCGGUGAAACCCGGAGCCAGCCGGGCGACACCUCAGCCCACGGCUUCCCCGUCAUCAACUCCAGCAAUGCGCACAAGCGGCUCGCCAUCUCCUGCCUCCAGUAUCUUCAGUCGGGCUCGCUGCUUCUCGAAGACGAGCUUGAGUUUGGCCACCGGCACGCCACGCGAGGAACUGCUGACGUUGACUGCUCGGGUGGGAGCGCAGAGAACGAGCGCACUGGCCGACUGCACGAGCAUCCCUUUGACUAUAAAGCAGCUCGCUUGUCGCACCCCUUUUUGCGCUACGCUGUUGAAAAUUGGUGCUAUCAUGCCAGCCACCACGACGAGGACGACGAGGAUCUCUUCAACGCUGUCGCUCGUUUCUUCGACCCGCACAGUGUGUCCUUUCGCAGGUGGCUUUCACUGCAGUUGGGUCAGCCGAGGGACAAUUCGCCCAGCCCGGAGAAGUUGCCGACGCCACUUCACGUUGCCGCCUUUUCGGGCCUGUCUCGACUUGUCUCGAAGCUGAUCGGAGAGGGUGCCGAUGUGUCUGCCCUGGAUACCCAGGAUCGUCUCGCCAUACAUUGGGCCGCUGCCAAGGGCCACGCCAAGGUAAUCUCACUCCUGCUCCGGCAUGGAAGUCAUCCAGAUCCCGCAGAUUGUCGUGGUAUCAAGCCCAUCCACCUCGCCGCGCUUGGAAAUCAUGCCUCUGCGGUCACCGCUCUUCUCGAGGCCGGCGUCAAGCCUGACACGAUCAAGACGAUGGAAAACCACGGCGGGUACUUGAGGGGUGGCGAGACGAUCACCAAGGGGGAGUCUGCUAUCCUGUAUGUGUCGCGCGGGGGAUAUGCCGAGACCGCCGUUGCCAUGGUUCCAUUCUGCGACACAGGGCAACUGGAGCAGCUUCUCUGCGAGUGUUGUCGGUUCAACCGCACAGACGCCGUCCUCGCCGUCUUGGACAACUGUGACGUCUCUGGUAAUGCAACAUUCGCAGGAGCGACUGCUCUAUAUUUUGCAUGCCGUAAUUCCAGCACCCACUGCGUCCAGGCGCUUCUCGAUCGAGGCGCAGAUCCCAAAGCCACGUCCACAUGGAGGCCAAGAAGAACGAGAUGGGGCGGGAUGUGGAUUCAAGAAGGCGAAACACCGCCAUUGCAUCAGCUGGUUCGAGACUGGGCGGACGCGAACGGCGCGGCAUGCCAGGCGAUCCUAGACAUGCUGCUCGAAGCAGGCGCCGACGUCGAUCAGCUCGACUUCCGGGGUGACACAGCUCUGCUCGUGGCCGCCGGAGCGCCCGGGCUGGGCAACAACCGGGGGCCGCUCCGCGUACGCGCUAUCCGUGCUCUGCUGGCCGCCGGUGCCGACGCCAACAAGGCGCAGAAGCGCGGGAACUCCCUACAUCUAAUGUUCAAUGUCGAGCGAAAUCUCAAAGCUACUAAGCUUCUGGUCGAACACGGGUGCGACCCGAAUCUGAAGGGCGAGUAUGGUCGGACAGCACUGCACUACCUGUUCCUCCCGUCGGGCUCAGUCAGGCAGACCGAUAAUACCGCGGACAUUGCCAGAUAUCUGCUCGAACAAGGAGCCGAUCCGAACAUUCUGGAUCAACAUGGUAACUCGGCCAUCUAUCGAUCCAUGUCCUGUGGACCAGACGUCUUUUCCGUCUUGCUCCCAAUGUGCAAGGGCGAGUCCAUCAAAAGACAAUGCUGGUUCAGUUUGGCACUAAAUUACCACCUAGACCGUUUUUCUCAGUAUCUCGAGCUCCUCUUGGCGAGCGGCAUGGAUAUCGACACGAGGCGACAGGACAAUGGCCGCACCCUAUACCUCUGCUGCUCUGCCAGCCAGGAUAAGAUCGAGAUCCUCCGCCAACACGGUGCAAAGAGAGACGUCGUCGAUAAGCAAGGAAACAGCGCUUUGCAUGUUCUCUGUCAGCUCGAGUCUCCCGAUCAGGAGUGGCUAGAGAGGCUCAUGGUAGAGGAUGGUCUGAGCCCUCUUAGCCCGAACAACCAAGGAAAGACUCUACUUCAUCAUGUCGCGCACUGGUACAAUAAGGAAGCGGGUCGCGGCCUGGUGCUCCGACUGUUAGAUCUUGGCGUACCGGUCAACGCGAUCGACAUGGAGGGCAAUACUGCCUUGCAUGUCUACUUGAAGAAGACGCUCAAUAGGUCCACCACCCAGGACGCUCUGCCUGUCAACUUUUACGACGCUAUCAAUGUCUACGGCGAUGUUGACUUUGAAAUCCGAGAUGGCGAGGGCCUGACAGCUUUACAUCUAGCUGUCAUACGCUGCGAUAUCGAGAUGGCGAUGCUGGUGGCCGCUGGCGCUGACUUGGCUGCUCUCACAGAUGACGGGCAGAACGUGCUGCAUCUUGCCUGUCGGGCUCGUCUUCCCAACACAGUCUGGCAGAUUCUCGACAGGCUCGGAGCCAUCGACAUCAACCAGCCAGAUCGUCAUCGCAGAACGCCCCUACACUGGGCCUGCAGGUCUGGAGAGCCAGAGUCGGUCGCUUUGCUGCUGGACCACGGCGCCGACGUCCAUGUCACCGAUGCCGACGGGUGCACGCCUCUCCACGCCUGUGCUGAAUUCAGGCUCGAGCAGUCCAUCUGGGACGCGUUAGGCCAGAGCAGCCACGGGUGGCUCCGUGGUCCGCCGCAGGACCCGCUCCGGCCGGGGGCAAUGCGGCGCCCGCACACACUCUGGACGUCGCCUUGGUACCACGCCAAUCCCAAAUAUACCGUCUUGGCCGCCCCGGGCCGCAAUACUCUGUUCGCGCAAGCAACGACGAUCUUGCGACUGCUCCUGGAAGCCCAGAGCGAUCCCAGCGUCCUGGACAAGGGCGGCUGCACGGCCUUGGACCGCGCUCUGGCGAACGACUGCCCAGAACUCGUCGAGGUGUAUGCGAAGGACGAACAGCUUUUCGCCAAGGCCACGGAGAACAUCGCCAAUACCCCCGAUCAUGAAUCGCUGGGCGGCCGUGCAGAUGAAUUCCGCGACUACCUGAGGAGCCAGAUGGCGCUAAUGUGCCGGACAUCACCUUUGACAGACCCGGGCGAGGAUCAAGAAGCGAUAGAUCGAGUGAGAAAGGCACCGCAUAUAUACCUGGAGCUCCUCAGCUGCCAGACUGCUGCUGCGCUGAUCACCAAAGCGUUUGAGGCUGAUCCGCUAGACGUCUCGCUCUACACCACCCUAUCGGUCGUGCUCAAGUCUGGCCGUUUUGAUCUCAUCGCCAGACUAUCUAGCUUGGUGACCCAUUACAGCUCGUAUACAGCCCUCCAAGAUUACGUUCAGCGAGGCUCAAACAGAGGGGAAACUACACUGUUCACCCCGCUCCAGCUCGUGUGCCAAUCCGAACGUCCAAACAUGCUGUUGCUGAAGCUGUUAGUAGAAGUAGUCGAAGUCGACGUCGAUGCACAAAAUGUCCAAGCAUGCGAACUCGACCAGUGGAAGGCCAAGCCGAACCUUGAACCUGGAGGGACGGCACUACAUAUUCUGGCUUCUGCGGACAACAGGUGGCAGGUGGAUGCGAUUGAAUUUCUCCUCGAGCAUGGCGCGUCGGUCGAUGUCAAGGACGCCAAGGGAGAAACUCCACUACACGUUGCAUCCCAGGGGACAAAGUACAGUGGGAAUAAGAUGGUCAAGGGCAUAUGGAGGCCCAAGGCCGUGCGUGUUCUGCUCUCCCACGGGGCCGAUCCGAGCAGCCUGGAUGCCAAGGGUCUCUCGCCUCUACACAAGGCAUCCAAGGCGCCCGAGGUCAUGCGGCUUUUGCUCAACACGGGCGCCGACGCGGCCAUGGGGGCCCGGAGCCCUCUAUUCCAGGCGAUAUAUGACCAGAAUCUAGCGGCGUUGGAAAUACUCCUCGACCAUGGCGUCAGUGUCGACUCGGUCGACGAGAAGAAGCAGAGUUCGCGAGUCAACUACCAGCUGCGAGAGCCUCGCAAGGUCUACGCGCUUUUGUGUGCGGCGUAUGCCGAGCAGAUCAACACCCGGGUUGCCAGUUCCAUACCUCUGUUCCGUGCGCUCGUCGUGCGCGGAGCAGACUUAUAUGCGCCGCUCAACGACAAAGAGACGAUGAUACAGUUCUUGUUUACAUGGCCCACGCAUGAAGUGCUGGACGCGCUACUCACUGAGCCCUGCGUUUCUCGCAUCGACUUCGACCAUCGCGACCAGUGCGGCCGCACAGUGCUGCACGCUGCUUGUGACUGGUGCCAGACGCUGCCCGGUUAUCGUCAUGAGCACUGGUUGCCAAAAGUUCCUGGCCCGGCCCUGAGAAUCCUCGACCACGGCGCGGACGCAACGCUCGUCGACAACGAAGGCAAGACGCCCCUCCAUCAUCUCUUAGAGAACAAUGCGAUGCCCGACGACGUCCUCCUCCAGUUCAUAGACCACCCCGAAGUCACUCCGACGCUCUUUGUCAAGGACAAGGCAGGAUUCUCACCGCUCCACUACGCUCUACGAAACCUUCGGCCCGUCGUCUGUGAGUCGUUCUGCGCUAAGGGCGCCGAGCUUUUGGAGGCCGAUCCAGACGGCCGCACGGUUCUGCACCACAUCGCGGCGCAGUGCCUACUGACAAGGCGCGAUCCGCCCGGGCGCAGCGGCUUUGGUAUCGAGCUCGAUGAGGACCACUUUGACCGGUGCCGGGAUCUGUGGGUGAGGUACCUGUCUCAGAAGGGCUCGUCGAUCAAUGUCAUCGACAACGACGGGAAUACCCCUUUGCACGCGUUUCUGCUCGCGCCGGACAAGGACCUGGGCUACAACACAAAGGUGCCGCCUAACGCGUGCUGCCACCUAGAGCAUUUUGCCAAGUUAUUCCCCGAGAGCAGCGGGCUGGACGUGUUCGCCGUCAACAAGGCAGGCGAGACGGCGCUGCAUGUGGUGGCGGCGAGGGAGGGCAACGGGCGCGGCGAGGAGCACGACAAGGUGCUGUUCAAAGCUUUGAUGGCGAAAGGGCUGGACCCGCUGAAGGAGGACAUACAUGGGCGGAGCGCGCUCGACGUAGCGAGUGCGUGUGAGAAGGAGGAUGUGUUGAGCAUCUUUGGGAGGAGCUAG